CAAGAACUAUUAGAAAAUGUCCAAAAUCCUAUGGCUAAGACAAGCCCAUCUGAUGAUGAAGACGACGACGACUCGAUCCAUUUGACCCAUGUCGUCAACAAGCCACCGGAGAAGAGGCAAAGAGCUCCAUCAGCCUAUAACAAUUUCAUCAAAGAAGAGAUCAAGAGGCUAAAGGCUAAAUAUUCCAACAUCUCACACAAAGAAGCCUUCAGUGCUGCUGCAAAAAAUUGGGCUCAAUUUCCACCUAUCCAAUGCAAAAGAGAUAUUGGAGGUGAUGAUCAAAGAAAGAGACUCAGGUGCUCAGAUGUUGAAGAGGGUUUCAAAUCAUUUCAUGCUCUUUGAGACGAUGAUGUUUGGCUGGCUGCUGGGAAAAAGAAGA